ACAGGCACCGUUACUAUGGCAAUGACAGCGACGAACCCGACGUCUUGUCCAAUGAGCAGCCACACCCGGGAGCGGGUCACCGUGGCCAAACUCACUCUGGAGACUUUCUAUAGCAACCUGAUCCUGCAGCACGAGGAGCGAGAGACCCGGCAGAAGAAGCUGGAGGUCGCCAUGGAAGAGGAGGGCUUAGGAGACGACGAGAAAAAAAUGCGCCGGUCGCAACACGCCCGGAAGGAAACUGAGUUCCUGCGCCUGAAGAGGACCCGGCUGGGCCUGGAAGACUUUGAGUCCUUGAAAGUCAUCGGCCGAGGAGCCUUCGGAGAGGUCCGCCUUGUUCAGAAGAAGGACACCGGGCACAUCUAUGCCAUGAAGAUCCUACGCAAGGCUGACAUGCUGGAGAAAGAACAGGUAGCGCAUAUCCGGGCGGAGCGGGACAUCCUGGUGGAAGCGGAUGGGGCCUGGGUGGUGAAGAUGUUCUACAGCUUCCAGGAUAAGAGGAACCUCUAUCUGAUCAUGGAGUUUCUGCCCGGAGGGGACAUGAUGACUUUGCUGAUGAAGAAGGACACGCUGACGGAGGAGGCGACGCAGUUUUAUAUCGCCGAGACUGUCCUGGCUAUCGAUGCCAUUCACCAGCUCGGGUUCAUCCACAGGGAUAUCAAGCCGGACAAUCUGCUAUUGGAUGCAAAGGGUCACGUCAAGCUUUCGGAUUUUGGCCUCUGCACGGGGCUGAAGAAGGCCCAUAGAACCGAGUUUUACAGGAACCUGACCCACAAUCCCCCCAGUGACUUUUCGUUCCAGAACAUGAACUCCAAGAGGAAGGCGGAGACGUGGAAGAAAAACCGCCGACAGCUGGCCUACUCCACUGUUGGGACCCCCGAUUACAUCGCUCCGGAGGUCUUUAUGCAGACGGGCUACAACAAGCUCUGUGAUUGGUGGUCGCUGGGGGUCAUUAUGUACGAGAUGUUAAUCGGGUACCCCCCAUUCUGCUCAGAGACCCCCCAAGAAACGUACAGGAAAGUGAUGAACUGGAAGGAGACGUUGGUCUUUCCUCCCGAGGUGCCGACGUCGGAGAAAUCCAAGGAUCUGAUUCUCAGGUUUUGCGCGGACUCGGAAAACCGCGUUGGGUCUAACGGUGUCGAGGAAAUUAAGAGCCACCCCUUUUUUGAAGGCGUCGAUUGGGGCCACAUCAGGGAGAGGCCGGCGGCGAUUCCUAUUGAAAUAAAGAGCAUCGAUGACACCUCCAAUUUCGACGAGUUCCCGGAGUCGGACAUAUUGCAGCCAGUGUUGAACCCGCCGGAGCCCGACUACAAGUCCAAAGAUUGGGUCUUCCUCAAUUACACGUACAAGAGGUUCGAAGGCCUGACGCAGCGGGGCUCCAUCCCUUCCUACAUGAAAUCCGGGAAGCUAUGAGCAGCGUCGCCCCCCCACCCUGAAACAGUUACUCAGGUAUCCGCAGAGAACACCUCUAGACUGGGUGUUCCCAUAAACCUGUCCCCACCCCCGGAGGAAAUUCAGCAGGACUAGGAUUUCGCCCGACGACAGCUGGCUGCGCCGGCGACUUAAUCCCUCCCCCUUUUUAUUUUGGAGGGAAAAAACUUUUUAUUUUGAUUCUGCCCAAAGGUACUGGAAUGUGUGCGGCUGUCUCUCCGGCUGUCUCUCUGGCUGUCUCUCUGUGAGCCCUACAGGUCAAUUGUAUGUACUGGCACCGAGCCAUUGUGUUAUAAUGGGCCGCCAUCACUGUUAUAUGGCCAGUAGGUUAAUGUGGCCUUUAAACGGUCACUAUUGGGCGCCCGGAGGAAACGUACUGGGUUCCAUUGUUACUUUAUCCGUGUAAAUGUCUGAUUUUAUCCUUAUUUAUUCCGCACUGCCCCAAUCAUCGUUCAUUAAAUGUGUCCUAGCGGCUGAUUGGCCCACUAGCGACUGUUUGGCAUAAGCCCCUCCCUGUGUAGCAUCAAUAAUUAAUAGGCACCACACAGGGGGGGGUCAAUAUAGUAUCACAUGACCUUGCCGAGAAGUCGAUGAUUUUAGCUUUAUUAAAGGGAAAGUAAGGGGUAAAAGCAUUUCCAUUUAGGGAAUCAUUCCAAAUUUUUUAUUAAUGUUGCAAAUGUCUUGACUCUAUAACACUAGGUGAUAAGGGCGAUACAGCGCGACUAUGAAACCGCAUGUAAUCUGCGCUUAAAGGGAAAAUAUACCAUAUUUUUGAGUUUUCCAUAUACAGUUACCCUAGGAUAUUUGUAUUUAUACAUAUGGGUAGGGGGUGCCAUAGUGUUUCCCUUAGACAGUACAGUAUGGGGGUACAGCUUAUUGUGUGCCCAGAACAUUCCCUCUCUGUAUAUUUGUAUUUAUACAUAUGGGUAGGGGGUGCCAUAGUGUUUCCCUUAGACAGUACAGUAUGGGGGUACAGCUUAUUGUGUGCCCAGAACAUUCCUUCUCUGUAUAUUUGUAUUUAUACAUAUGGGUAGGGGGUGCCAUAGUGUUUCCCUUAGACAGUACAGUAUGGGGGUACAGCUUAUUGUGUGCCCAGAACAUUCCUUCUCUGUAUAUUUGUAUUUAUACAUAUGGGUAGGGGGUGCCAUAGUGUUUCCCUUAGACAGUACAGUAUGGGGGUACAGCUUAUUGUGUGCCCAGAACAUUCCCUCUCUGUAUAUUUGUAUUUAUACAUAUGGGUAGGGGGUGCCAUAGUGUUUCCCUUAGACAGUACAGUAUGGGGGUACAGCUUAUUGUGUGCCCAGAGCAUUCCUUCUCUGUAUAUUUGUAUUUAUACAUAUGGGUAGGGGGUGCCAUAGUGUUUCCCUUAGACAGUACAGUAUGGGGGUACAGCUUAUUGUGUGCCCAGAACAUUCCCUCUCUGUAUAUUUGUAUUUAUACAUAUGGGUAGGGGGUGCCAUAGUGUUUCCCUUAGACAGUACAGUAUGGGGGUACAGCUUAUUGUGUGCCCAGAACAUUCCUUCUCUGUAUAUUUGUAUUUAUACAUAUGGGUAGGGGGUGCCAUAGUGUUUCCCUUAGACAGUACAGUAUGGGGGUACAGCUUAUUGUGUGCCCAGAACAUUCCUUCUCUGUAUAUUUGUAUUUAUACAUAUGGGUAGGAGGUGCCAUAGUGUUUCCCUUAGACAGUACAGUAUGGGGGUACAGCUUAUUGUGUGCCCAGAACAUUCCUUCUCUGUAUAUUUGUAUUUAUACAUAUGGGUAGGGGGUGCCAUAGUGUUUCCCUUAGACAGUACAGUAUGGGGGUACAGCUUAUUGUGUGCCCAGAACAUUCCUUCUCUGUAUAUUUGUAUUUAUACAUAUGGGUAGGGGGUGCCAUAGUGUUUCCCUUAGACAGUACAGUAUGGGGGUACAGCUUAUUGUGUGCCCAGAACAUUCCUUCUCUGUAUAUUUGUAUUUAUACAUAUGGGUAGGGGGUGCCAUAGUGUUUCCCUUAGACAGUACAGUAUGGGGGUACAGCUUAUUGUGUGCCCAGAACAUUCCUUCUCUGUAUAUUUGUAUUUAUACAUAUGGGUAGGGGGUGCCAUAGUGUUUCCCUUAGACAGUACAGUAUGGGGGUACAGCUUAUUGUGUGCCCAGAACAUUCCCUCUCUGUAUAUUUGUAUUUAUACAUAUGGGUAGGGGGUGCCAUAGUGUUUCCCUUAGACAGUACAGUAUGGGGGUACAGCUUAUUGUGUGCCCAGAACAUUCCCUCUCUGUAUAUUUGUAUUUAUACAUAUGGGUAGGGGGUGCCAUAGUGUUUCCCUUAGACAGUACAUUAUGGGGGUACAGCUUAUUGUGUGCCCAGAACAUUCCCUCUCUGUAUAUUUGUAUUUAUACAUAUGGGUAGGGGGUGCCAUAGUGUUUCCCUUAGACAGUACAGUAUGGGGGUACAGCUUAUUGUGUGCCCAGAACAUUCCUUCUCUGUAUAUUUGUAUUUAUACAUAUGGGUAGGAGGUGCCAUAGUGUUUCCCUUAGACAGUACAGUAUGGGGGUACAGCUUAUUGUGUGCCCAGAACAUUCCCUCUCUGUAUAUUUGUAUUUAUACAUAUGGGUAGGGGGUGCCAUAGUGUUUCCCUUAGACAGUACAGUAUGGGGGUACAGCUUAUUGUGUGCCCAGAACAUUCCCUCUCUGUAUAUUUGUAUUUAUACAUAUGGGUAGGGGGUGCCAUAGUGUUUCCCUUAGACAGUACAGUAUGGGGGUACAGCUUAUUGUGUGCCCAGAACAUUCCCUCUCUGUAUAUUUGUAUUUAUACAUAUGGGUAGGGGGUGCCAUAGUGUUUCCCUUAGACAGUACAGUAUGGGGGUACAGCUUAUUGUGUGCCCAGAACAUUCCUUCUCUGUAUAUUUGUAUUUAUACAUAUGGGUAGGGGGUGCCAUAGUGUUUCCCUUAGACAGUACAGUAUGGGGGUACAGCUUAUUGUGUGCCCAGAACAUUCCCUCUCUGUAUAUUUGUAUUUAUACAUAUGGGUAGGAGGUGCCAUAGUGUUUCCCUUAGACAGUACAGUAUGGGGGUACAGCUUAUUGUGUGCCCAGAACAUUCCUUCUCUGUAUAUUUGUAUUUAUACAUAUGGGUAGGAGGUGCCAUAGUGUUUCCCUUAGACAGUACAGUAUGGGGGUACAGCUUAUUGUGUGCCCAGAACAUUCCCUCUCUGUAUAUUUGUAUUUAUACAUAUGGGUAGGGGGUGCCAUAGUGUUUCCCUUAGACAGUACAGUAUGGGGGUACAGCUUAUUGUGUGCCCAGAACAUUCCCUCUCUGUAUAUUUGUAUUUAUACAUAUGGGUAGGGGGUGCCAUAGUGUUUCCCUUAGACAGUACAGUAUGGGGGUACAGCUUAUUGUGUGCCCAGAACAUUCCCUCUCUGUAUAUUUGUAUUUAUACAUAUGGGUAGGGGGUGCCAUAGUGUUUCCCUUAGACAGUACAGUAUGGGGGUACAGCUUAUUGUGUGCCCAGAACAUUCCUUCUCUGUAUAUUUGUAUUUAUACAUAUGGGUAGGGGGUGCCAUAGUGUUUCCCUUAGACAGUACAGUAUGGGGGUACAGCUUAUUGUGUGCCCAGAACAUUCCCUCUCUGUAUAUUUGUAUUUAUACAUAUGGGUAGGGGGUGCCAUAGUGUUUCCCUUAGACAGUACAGUAUGGGGGUACAGCUUAUUGUGUGCCCAGAACAUUCCUUCUCUGUAUAUUUGUAUUUAUACAUAUGGGUAGGAGGUGCCAUAGUGUUUCCCUUAGACAGUACAGUAUGGGGGUACAGCUUAUUGUGUGCCCAGAACAUUCCCUCUCUGUAUAUUUGUAUUUAUACAUAUGGGUAGGGGGUGCCAUAGUGUUUCCCUUAGACAGUACAGUAUGGGGGUACAGCUUAUUGUGUGCCCAGAACAUUCCUUCUCUGUAUAUUUGUAUUUAUACAUAUGGGUAGGGGGUGCCAUAGUGUUUCCCUUAGACAGUACAGUAUGGGGGUACAGCUUAUUGUGUGCCCAGAACAUUCCCUCUCUGUAUAUUUGUAUUUAUACAUAUGGGUAGGGGGUGCCAUAGUGUUUCCCUUAGACAGUACAGUAUGGGGGUACAGCUUAUUGUGUGCCCAGAACAUUCCCUCUCUGUAUAUUUGUAUUUAUACAUAUGGGUAGGGGGUGCCAUAGUGUUUCCCUUAGACAGUACAGUAUGGGGGUACAGCUUAUUGUGUGCCCAGAACAUUCCUUCUCUGUAUAUUUGUAUUUAUACAUAUGGGUAGGGGGUGCCAUAGUGUUUCCCUUAGACAGUACAGUAUGGGGGUACAGCUUAUUGUGUGCCCAGAACAUUCCCUCUCUGUAUAUUUGUAUUUAUACAUAUGGGUAGGGGGUGCCAUAGUGUUUCCCUUAGACAGUACAGUAUGGGGGUACAGCUUAUUGUGUGCCCAGAACAUUCCUUCUCUGUAUAUUUGUAUUUAUACAUAUGGGUAGGGGGUGCCAUAGUGUUUCCCUUAGACAGUACAGUAUGGGGGUACAGCUUAUUGUGUGCCCAGAACAUUCCCUCUCUGUAUAUUUGUAUUUAUACAUAUGGGUAGGGGGUGCCAUAGUGUUUCCCUUAGACAGUACAGUAUGGGGGUACAGCUUAUUGUGUGCCCAGAACAUUCCUUCUCUGUAUAUUUGUAUUUAUACAUAUGGGUAGGGGGUGCCAUAGUGUUUCCCUUAGACAGUACAG